UUCACCCCCGGCACAACAAAGAGGCCGCACAAAACCCUCCUCUCUGAUUCUCCAAAGCGGCGGCGCGGUGGGCAUGGACGGUGUCGGUAUGGCGACACCGCCGGAGGCCAACACUUCGCCCGCGCCCAACGGCGGCGGCUGCGGCGGGAUAAGGGUCGAGAAUUGCUACGUCUUCAAGAGCAGGCUGCAGGAGUACGCGCAGAAAGCCGGCCUCAUGACGCCGGAGUACCAAACCCUCAAGGAGGGGCCUUCCCAUGAGCCAAUCUUCAAGUCCAGCGUGGUGAUUAACAACGUCAAGUACGACUCGCUACCCGGGUUCUUCAGCCGCAAGGCUGCAGAGCAGUCGGCCGCCGAAGUUGCGCUCAUGGAAAUCGGCAAGUCUGUGGCGUUACCAACCAAUGCAACCAUCCCGGCAGUCCAAGAAACUGGUCUGUGCAAGAAUCUUCUUCAGGAGUAUGCUCAGAAGAUGAAUUAUGCUAUUCCAUCUUAUACUUGCAACAAACAAGGUCCAUACAUAUGCACCGUAGAGAUUGGUGGAAUACAAUACAUUGGUGCUACAGCACGGACAAAGAAAGAGGCAGAGAUAAAAGCUGCCCGAACUGCUCUUCUUGCAAUCCAAGUUGCAGGCCAAUCAGAGGGUUGUGCAAAUGGUACCACAAAAUAUAUUGUUGUGCCUGGCAAAAGGCAAGGUAAGGAGAUCGAGAAAAAGCCUGUUGAAACUCCAAAAUCACUUAAGACCAAGAAAGGUGGUUUCAAGAAGCAACGGAACAAGAAUAAAUUCAUCAAGAAGAAUGGCCAAGAAGUUAACGAGGAAAAGGAUGAAACUGGAGUGCCCGGAGAUGCUCAUCAUUCUGAUGUCCCUGUGAAGCCAGCUGUAACAACAGAAGAUCCAUUGACCAACACUGUAAUGAUGCAACCUGAUGAAGCUGGGCCAUUCGAACAUGAACCGACCGGUGACACUGCAAUGCUGCAACCUGAUGAAGACGCUUGGCCAUCCGAACAUGAACCGACCGGUCACACUGCAAUGCUGCAACCUGAUGGCGAAGCUACAAAAGUGGAACAGGAGCAACUCAGUGACACAGCAAUGCUGCAACCUGAUGAUGAAGGUGGAAGAGUAGAACAUGAGCCACUCAGCAACGCUCCAAUGGUGCUACAUAAUGAGGAAGCUAGAAAUGUAAAGCAGGAAGCACUCAUCGGCACUGCAAUGCCCCAACCUCACGUGGAAGAUAGAAGAGUAGGAGCAGAGCCACCUAGAGAUGCUGCAAUGGUGCAACCUAAUGAUGAAGCUAGAUGCAUAAAGCAGGAGCUACUAAUUGACACUGCAAUGCCUCUCCCCAACGAGGAGGCCGGAGCAGCUGCAAAUCCUGUGCCAUUGAGUGACUCCAUAACAGCGCAACCUAAUGCAGAGACUACAAAUAUAAAUGAGUCACCGAGGAAUGCAGCAUCAGCGCAACAUAAUGAAGAAGCUAGGACCGUAAACCAGGAGCCACCCAGCAGUGCUUCGCUGCUGCAGCCAAAGGAACCCAGAGUCGAGAUCGGUGAAUUUGUUUCUGAAAACAAGGACCAAACUCUGGGAGAUGCAUCUCGUGAGGCAAAUAGGUCCAUCGAAGAUAUGCCAGAAAAGUGCUCAGAUAAUUCAUCUGCUUUUACAAGCGUGGAAUAAUAUUUGCUGUUUGAAUCAAAAUGCAAUGGCCUUCCAAUUUUACAUCUUGAUUUUGCAAACUAGUAAAACCUGAAUAGCUGGUUUCUCAUUUUAGAAAUAUAAUUGCAUAACAGAUGGAUGUACGUGGACCGACCGAGGUCGGUUGGUGGUCCAUGUUGGCCAUUAGUUAUUAGGAAACUUGCAUGCCUGAUGGUAUGAUCUUGGAUCCAUGGAUGAUGUAUCUCAAGUUGCUUAUCUGAUCAAUGAACUAUUAGUGAACUAUUAUUAGUUAAUAGUCGGUGUUUGUUAUCAGCA